UUUGUUAUUUUUAUUUUUUCAGAGCAAUUGUGUAAUUGAGUUGUUCGUGACGUAAUGAAAAUUGGAAAAUGAUCAGAAAUAUCUGUUUCAAUUAUCCCUGUUUUAAUUGUUGUAUUUGUGAAAUCGUUGGUUAUGAUAUGAUCUAUGGCUGUAGCAUUUGAUCUCGUCAUUCUUGUUGGUUUAUUUAUAAGUGGGAUAAACCCAUUUUGAAAAACUGAGUUAAAAAAAGUUUUGUACAGAUUUGUUUGUGUUAAAAUCAAGGACGUUUAGAUUGAAAUCACCAACGAGGUACACGUUUCUACCCGUGCCUUUGUGAUCAGUAAGAAUAUUUUUCACAUGAUUCUCAAAGUUUUCUAUUGAUCCUGCAGGUGGCCGGUAAAGUAAAUGCAUGUGGAUGUUUUUAGUUGCUUUGUUUAUUAUCUCUAUACUUAAUGACUCACAGUCGUUAUUGUUAGCGCACGUGCUGAUUUUAGGUUGAAUAGAAUAGAAUUAUGAAUAAACAUGCACACCCCACCGCCUUUCUUUUUGCAAUUUCUAAUUUGAUGAAUUACUGUGUUAUUUUGAAAUUUAAGAUUUGAGUUUUUCUCCAUAUUUAUAUCAUUACACCACGUUUCGGUAAAGCAAAUGAUUUUAAAUGUGACUUUCAGGUUAUGUAAAAGAUGUUUGAAAUUUUCAAAAUUCUUUUGUAUGCUUCUAAUAUUAAGAUGAAGUAUUGAAAAAGAUUUUAUAUCUAUUUCUGUAGAAAGAUUGUUUGUAUUUGGAUUAUAAUAUUUGGCAUUUCUAGUUACCUCAUUAUUAUAAAAAUUUAUGUCUGGAUCAGUUAAAUCGUUUAAAAGUACAGUUUCGUUACCCUGGAAUGGGUCGAAUUCCAAGUUUUCGUAGUUCGUUUGUUCAGCCAUUUUAGAAUUAAAAUUUAAUUACUAAAAAUUAUUUGUAGCCUUAGGCUAUGUGCAACAAAAUUAGCAAUCCUAUCCCUAAAUUCUCGAACUAUCAAUUUAUCAAUUUAUUUAUUUAUUUUUUUUCGAACUAUCAAAUAUCAUACAGGAAAGAAAGUAUCGAUAUGGUGCAAUACGUUACAGUGAAGUUAAUUCAUUUGUUUGAUUCCGAUUAAGCAGAAAACGUUGCUUUUCUGCCAAAACAUUUCACGGAAAGAAAAUUUAACUUCGUAAAAUGAUAAUACAGUAGAGUCUCCAUAACUCGAACCUCUAUAACUCGAAUCUCUCCUUAACUCGAACAAAUUCGUUGGCACCGUGAAAAUUUCCUAAUAAACUCUUAUAAAAAAACCUCUACAACUCGAACCUCCAUAACUCAAAUCUUCCCCUAACUCGAACAAAUUUUUUUGCUCCUUGGAGACUUUUCUCUCCAUAACUCGAAUUUUCUGACAUCAUAAUCAAAAUUCGAACAGUUUUCCUGAUAAAUUGGGUCUAAAAAUCUUGUUAAUACGUGUUUUGCAGGCCUUAUUAUUAAUUCGAAUGAUUAAUGAUGCGUCAUCCAAACCUUUCGAACGUCUUUUUCGAACGUUUUCGAGAAAAUCUAAAGAAUUUCAAAAGAAAGACACUCUCAUAACAAUGUCGUCUGUGGCAGGAUCAAAGCGUCGAAUUGACAAUAAGUCGUGCAAAAUCAAGUACAAAGCUCUUAAAGCGUUGGAAAAGGGUACUGCGCCAAAGGAUGUGGCAAAAGAGUUCAAAAUUCCUCCAAGCACCCUGUCAACUUGGAAAAAAAAUAAAGAAAAGAUUUACAAGCAGUUUAACAACGGGCAAACAUCGAAGAGAUCAAAGCCAGAAAAAUUCAAAGAUGUGAACAAAGCUGUUCAUAAAUGGUUACUUAUGAUGAGGAGUGAGAAUAUCCCAAUCAGUGGCCCGAUGCUGAAAGAGAAAGCUCUUGAGUUUGCCGAAGCGUUGGGUGUCGAGUCAUUUCAAGCUUCUCAGGGGUGGAUGGCUAAAUGGAAAACCAGGUAUGGAGUAUCCUUCAAAACCAUCGCUGGAGAAUCACGGUCCGUCACUGAGGAAAUGACAGCGCCAUGGUCGGAGACAACAUUACCAACCAUUCUCUCCCGCUAUCCUCUGGAAGACAUUUUUAACGCCGACGAAUUUGGGCUUUUCUUUCAAUGCCUUCCCAAUAAAACUUUGCAUAUGAAAGGUGAUAAGUGUUCUGAAGGAAAAUAUAGCAAAGUUAGACUUACUGGUUUAGCUGCUGGUAAUGCCUUGGGGGAACGAUUGCCAAUGUUUGUAAUCGGCAAGUCCGCCAACCCUCGUUGCUUUAAAGGUGUCAAAACACUACCCUGUCGAUACCGUUCGCAAAAGAAGAGUUGGAUGUCUGGAGAGCUGUUCGAAGAGUGGGUACGCGAGCUUGAUCCUGACUUAUCAACUGAAGAUUUCAUUGAUUUUGACAUUGAAGUCAGUACGUCCCAUGGGCGUCUGAAGACUGCUGACAUCAUUACUGAGAUCACUGGGACUCAAGACGAAGAAUUAGAAGAGGUCGACGAAGAAGACAAGGAGGAAGAAGAUAAGAUCACAAGACCGACGGCCGAGCAAGUGCGUACAGCUAUCAACGUCCUCGAAGACUUGAGUAUUUUUUCACAUUUUGGAGAAGAAAUGAUAGCUUCCCUGAGGGACUUGAAUCGUAAUAUCGCCAAAGAUUUUGAUAUGAGUUGUAAGCAAACAGUUAUCACCGACAUCUUUUCUAAAUAAACAUUAAAAAAUUCAUUAAAAGUGUAUUGUUUUGACUUUCAUUAACCUAAUAGCCCCCUUAAAGUUAGACUUAAGAUUAAAUAUAACGUUUUUAUCCAGCUGGUUCACGUAAAGGGAGGAUAUUGCGCUAAAAGUUGAAAACCUCUACAACUCGAAUGUCUCCAUAACUCGAACGAUUUCCUUUUCCCCGUGGCUGUUCGAGUUAUGGAGACUCUACUGUAUAUAUAUUCCUGUUGUUUUAGCAUAUGAUGUUUACUAUUUGCGUGUUGUAUGAAGUUUAUUUUUAUGGCUUUCAUUAUAUUUAUUCUAAGCUAUAGAACUUUGUUUUGUAUGUUUCUAUAUGGAAUAAAACUAACCAUACAAUCAAUGACUUUUUAUUAUGCAACUUUAAAAUUAUAUACUUUUAUACCAACCACUGUAUACCUUAACUCAUUAACGAUACAUCGAAUUCUGUUCCUACCACACAUGUCACACACUCGGCAUGUCACACUCCAUAUACUAAGCCUGUCACACUCCGUAUAGCACAUUUCGUAUAUUAAGCAUUUCACACUUCGUAUACUAGGCAUGGCAUACUCUGUCCGUCCGUCCGUCCGUCCGUCCGUCCGUCCGUCCGUCCGUCCGUCCGUCCGUCCGUCCGUCCGUUAGUUUCACUUCUGCUAAUUGAACAGUGUUGUCUGAACAGUUCUAAAGAGAUUGUACGCAACCAGGUAGAAUCGUACAUGAUGAACACUUCAAAGUCAACAGCAAGUAGUUAUUGUAAUGCCAACCAGGGUCGGAUCCAGCUAUAGGCGAGGUAAGCUAAAGCCUACAUCAAGAUGGAGCUAUUAAAAUCCUGCAUAUGAUAAUUCUAUGGAGAAGCAGCUCGUGAGAGAAUCGACAAGAAAUAUUCAUAGAUCGCGCGCGGUCAUCGUGUACGUAAAAAUGUUAUAGCCAGUGGCGCUUUGAAUUUACAAAAUUAGACAAAUGAAAUGAAGUUUAAUUAAAAUAAUAAUUUAGCUCUGAUCGAAAUAUUCAAGUGAGAUUCGGCUUCCGUAAAUUUCCUGCUUCAAAGACCCAUUGUGAAGGCCAAAAUAGUGAAUAAUAGUGCUAAAGGUGUUAGGGGAGUGGUGGUGGGCACUUGAAUACUUAGAUCAGAGCUAAAUUAUUAUUUUAAUUAAACUUCAUUUCAUUUGUCUAAUUUUGUAAAUAAUAAUUUAGCCUCUGAUCGUAAGUAUUCAAA